AUGGAAAAUGCUGAUUUCGAAUUUAACAGAGGGGCCCCCAUGCAGCCACCAGGAGCUAGACCCCUGGUCGAUCCCGACGCAGAGGGCGAAGUGGAUCCGACAUUGUAUCCUCAACCUAAAGAUUCUACGCAUAAAAUCAGAGGAAAGACUGCUUUAAUAGAGAUGAUCUUUGGGCCAGUAGAUCAAGAACUGUUAGUCGUGAAGAGCUUCUAUUUCUUUUUCUACUCUGCUUUUGGAUCUCUCUUUCCACUGAUGGGUGUGUAUUUCAAGCAAAUGGGGAUGAACGCCAGUCAGAGCGGUUUUCUAAUAGGUUCCAGACCUUUUGUGGAAUUUUUAUCAGCGCCGUUUUGGGGUAGUCUAGCUGACAGGUGGCGUAAGGGAAAAAUUCUUCUUUUAGCAUCACUGGCGUCUUGGAUUGUGUUCACUGUUCCCCUAGGCUCUAUCCAACCCCCUGCAACUUCAUGUAUGGUGAUUAAAAAUAACACGGCGAUGCUAACGAGUCCUGAAGUAAAUAUUGGUAGGGUAAUCAUAACCAAAAGAUCAAUACGCAUGGACGUUCCAACUGAAACUAGUUAUCACGCUAAUGAUCAUGAAUAUACCAGUUUAUCCAGGAAACCAAGAGACCUUCGAGCAGUAUCUAUAAACGCUGGUCAAUCACCUAUUAACGUACAAUAUGCUUCUAACUACAAAGAAACAGAACACGAAAGUUGGGUCCAACCAAUUAUAUCAUCCAUAGUGUACCGAACCCAAGAUAUCCAAAAAGCAUUUUUCCUCUUACUGCUCUUAGUGGUCAUAGGAGAAUUUUUCAGUGCUCCAGCAGUAACGCUUGCAGACUCCGCGGUUUUGACGCUUCUCGGCGAAGAUGCUGACACCUACGGACACCAAAGGAUGUUCGGAUCAUUGGGUUGGGGUUUGGCUAUGUUCUUCGUUGGCAUAGCUCUUGAUCAUUCCACGGCUUUUCCGAACCAUCCAUGCGGUCCGGACAAGAAGGAAAAGAAUUACACAAUUUGUUUUGCUACGUUUUCAGUGCUGAUGGGAGCUGCGUUGAUCAGCGCCACGCAGAUCUCAUUCAAAUACGACGACCCUGUUCCGGAACUUGUAACUGAACAAAAGGCUUCUCCCACUGAGGAGGAUCGUAUGCAGGCGCAACUUGCCGAACAGCUUAAUCUUCCAUCUUUGGCGGAUACACGUGCGUCUGAUGUAGGAACGUUGCCCAAAGAGCAGAAGACAAAAAUUUUCGCUCAAACGACCAGAGAAAUUCCGGAAUGGUACACAGUAAUUAAACAAUAUAAAAAUUUAAAAUGCGCAUCAUUCCUCUUCGUAGCCUGGUUUAUGGGAUUUGGAAUAGGGCUCAUUUUCACUUUUCUAUUCUGGCAUCUCCAAGACUACGGCGGUUCACCGACGUUGUUCGGUGUUGCAUCAGUGAUCAACCACAUAUCAGAAAUAUUCGCUUACUUCUUCAGUUUUCGACUGAUCAGACAAAUGGGCCAUGUUAAAGUUUUGUGCCUUGGUCUAAUUGGCAACACACUGCGGUUUCUGUACAUUUCAUGGUUAACCAAUCCAUGGUGGGUGUUGCCAUUCGAAUUUAUGCAGGGAAUAACUCAUGCUGCUGUAUGGGCUGCUUGCUGUUCUUACAUAGCACAUAACACUCCAAUAGAACUACGCUCGUCAGCACAAGGAGUCCUUCAAGGUAUCCACCACGGUCUUGGUAGAGGUUGUGGUGCAGUUAUCGGUGGUAUAUUUGUAAGUUCCUUUGGAUCAAAGGCAACAUUCAGAGGAUAUGGAUUGGUUUGUCUUCUAGUACUUGCAGCCUUCAUUUUUAUAAACUUCUACAGAUUCGAUCAGGGUUUCGUUUCCGAUUUACCGCAGACAGAAGAUCCGAGACAAGUGGCUGAAGAAACCGCUCAUUUGGCACCGCAUGGAGUUCCCAGUAACCCAAUACCUCGGGCAUUAUCUAGUAGUAAGUUACACGAACUAUCUCAACAGGACGGAUACGGAGCUACGUAUCAAAUGGGGCAAGGUGGUACCCUAAACAUACCCGGAGCAAACCCUUUCAGUGCUCCCCAACCUCAACAACCUCAACAAUAUUCUGGAUUCGAGGUAAGAAAUGGGAACUACUAA